CGACUCACGUCACAUGACACACGCAAGGACAUACCACAGGGUGUGAGACGCCCUCAGAGAGUUAGAUUCACGCUGCAAAUAUCGGUUGUGUCCAUUCCAGAUGGCGACAGCAAAGAAAUUGACGGACAACCAUCUAACCUGUGUCAUCUGUACAGAGGUGUUCACAGACCCUGCCACACUUCAGUGAAGUCACACAUUCUGUAAGUCGUGUCUGCUGAAAUACACCAAAACACAGCCUAAAGCAAUACAAGACAAGACCAUCCUAUGUCCCUCCUGUAGACAGCUGACGAGGGUGACCAACCCUGACAGUCCAGUAGAGGAGUGGGUCAGUCAGCUGAAACCAAGUCACGUGAUACAGGGGCUGAUGGACGACUUUGGUCCAGAGACAGAAGCCCCCGAGAUUAAAGAAUGCAGUGUCUGCAAGAACCAACAAAGACAGACUCCGGCAACAUCAUGGUGCUUCUCUUGUGUUUCAGCCUUCUGUGGUGGGUGCCUGACCAUGCAUGGAGCGAUGCCGUUAUCACGUGACCAUGAAGUAGUCGUUUUAUCUGAGUCCACCAAAUACAAAAUGGUACCAAAACGUCCAUUCAUGUGCAAACUACACGUCAGCAAACGGAUCGAGCUCUUCUGUAAAGACUGCAAGGUUGCAAUAUGUACGAUAUGCUGUAGUAUAAAUCACAGGAAAUGUCACGACGUUGACACCAUUGAGAACAUGACCCCGCAAGUCAAGAAACAGCUAACCAAACAGAACCAGGAACUAAAUGUCAGAAUUGGAAAUACUGAACAUGGUAUAUCUGUCAGGAGAAGGCAUGUUGACGACUUCAGAAACACGGUAGAAGAAGUUAAAAGUCAAAUCAGAAGUGCACGAGCGAAGGUGGUGGCGAUUAUUGUGAAGAAAGAAAAACAACUUUUAGACGAUGUUGAUCAGUCUUCUACCACGCAAUUACAACAAAUUCAAGCGGAUAUAAAAUCCCAGGAGAUUGAACUACAGAAGUACCAGCAGCAGUAUAAGUUCACAGCCAAUGCUGUGACGUCCAACUGUGAGAUGGACAUGUAUGCUGUCUAUGAGUCGGUGGAUGAGGCGUCUCCAGACAACAGAGACACGGACAACACACCAGGAAGAGUUGUAUUCACACACGACAUAGACAAGCUGAGUAAAGCUGUUCAUGAACUACAGCUGGGAGAGGUUAAACUCGUCCACGACGUGUGUGACCGUGAAUCUACCCCUACUCUGCAUCAAGUUAUUGACUGUAAGACAGAGGAUGACCCGAUAUAUUCCGUUCUCCGUGACGUGUCAGUGUUAACUGUCGAUGGUGUACACGUUGUUGUGGUUACAGAUUUAGGAAAGGAGAGACUUAACACAUAUUACACACACGCCAUGCAUAGUCCCAAAUACAUACAGCUUUCUAACGGACCUUCGCACAUAACACAGUUAGCAAACUGUCGGGUAGCUGUUAGUGUUCCAGCCAGUAUGGAAAUAGUUAUUGUGAAGGUUUACCCAGAGCCUGUAUUACUGUCAACUAUCAAAACAAGCAACAAAUACUACGGUCUAGCCUAUCUGAGCCCUUCAUUGUUAGUGGCUGGUGGAAUAAGGAGGACUGACAUACUGGACAUGACAGGGAAGGUGCUCAAAUCUAUCAAGACUGGCCUGGUAUCUAGUCCUGACUAUAUUCAUGUCACCAGCAAUCGAAACCUGAUAGUCAGUGAAAGACUAGAACAAUCCCUUGUAUGUGUGACCAGUGAAGGAGACGAUAUUUUCACCUACACUCCCACAGGGGACAGAGCUCUGAACUAUCCUCAAGGUAUCACCACAACCAGCACAGGAGACAUCCUGCUUGUAGACAGAUACAGGGUGAUUCAGCUGACAGAGUCGGGGCAGUUUGUCAGAGAUGUUCUCACAGCACAGGAUGGUGUUGAUUACCCUCACGGAAUAUGUCUGGACAGAGACGGCCUGUUGUACGUAACAUGUGUGAACUGUGUAAAAAUAUUCAAAUUUUAAAUAUAUUAAUUUUGACUGAGUCACUUAAUGAGUGAGUAUGGUUUUAUGCCGCCUUGAGCAAUAUUCCAGCGAUAUCACGGAAGGGGGACACCAGAAAAUAGCUCCACACUAUUAACCCAUGUGAGAAUCGAACCCAGGUCUUCGGAAUGACAAGCUUACACUCAAACCACUGGGCUACCCCCUUGUCCUUGAAGUGUUUUAUUAAUUUUGUGAGUUGUUUUGGAAUAGUCCUUAUCAGAAGAAUACUGUGUUAUAAUGAAGUUUAAAAUUUGUUUUUGUGUAGUGAUGGAUGUUAUGGUGUUAAUAUAUUUGAAAUGUAAUAUAGUAUUAAUGGAAAACUGUGAGAUAUGUCCUGAUGUCGCUUCUGGAGGGGUAAUGUGUCCCAGUAGUCUCAAUAAGAUGCACCACGACCCCUUCUCAAGGGAUAGAGGGUCACCCGGAGAGCGGAAGGUUCAGGAUUCGAUCCCCGGCCACUCCAUACCAAAAGACGUUAAAAUAUGGUACUUGUUGUUACCCUGCUGAUGCUCGGAAUUAAGGGCUAAAGCAAAGACUGGUCGAAUUGGAGUCAGUAUACUGUGUCUGAGUAGGUUAAUCGUGUUAAACUGUGAUAUAUCAGAGGGCUAGCACAUUAAAAUCGGCAUUAGUCCGGACAAGUACAAUCAACCACUCACACACUAACACUAACACUAAUGCGCGUCUAUGCACGUCGCUAUGUAGGUGCAAUUGCCUUCAACGCGGCGUCAAACCCCUUUUCACCACACCUCACCUCACCUCAUAUAGACAGUUACUUAUUUCCAAAUAUACAGACCAACGGGCAUCCUUAUAUCCGUCGAGCACACACAACAUUCCAUUUGUAAUGUCAUGUCUUGGGAUGUGUGUGUUUAAAGAUACGCUCGUGUAAUCAGGUGCAACUGUGUGUGCGUGGGGGUGUGGAUGUGAG